AUGAGGCGCCUCCAAGAAGCCGAAGGCCGCGAGGAACGUGAAGCAGCUUCUGCAGCGGAAAAGGCUCGACGAGCAGCUGUAGAAGAAGAAAUUCGGGAAAGAGCGAGACAAGAACGGGAGGAACGGAAGGCAGAGGAGAAGCGGGAAGCGGGUUUGGAGGCUGAGAGGAGGGAACGGGUGGUUACGUUUGUGAAGGAGAAGAUGAGGGAAAUAGGGGCCGUGGAUCUUGUGGAUGCGGCGUGGAAGGAGGGUAAGGAUAGGGUCUGGGUUGAAAGAUUGAUCAGGGCGAGUGGGCUUAUGCAGCAGUUGCAGAAGGAAGGGGGGCAUGUUAUGAUUACGGGGCGGGAUUGGCUUGUUAGGAUCGACGAGGAUGUUAUGGCGAGAGCUUAUGCAGAGGCCGAGCAACUUGGGGAGAGGAAUGGUGGUAAAGUCGGAUUCGAAGAGUUUGGAGGGAUACUAGAGAGGGCGGUCCUAGGGAGGGCGGCCGCUUAG